AUGGCUCUUCGUCAGAAGCUCAGCAGGCCGCUCGUGGUUGACCCCGCCGAAGGCCAUUCUCAUACGGUAGUCUUCCUCCACCGAUUUCCGGAGCCAACCACCGACCAUGAGCUCCACGACAAGGUCCUCUCGGAGAAGCUGACAAGGAAUCACAAAACUCUGCGCGAGCAAUUCCCUACUGUGCGAUGGGUCUUUCCCUUUUGCAAAGCCCAUGCGAGACCAUGGAACAAUUUAUCCCCAGACGACAGGGUCGCGGUUGGAAUGACGUUAGGGAACCUGCCAUAUGUCACCCAGGUGAUCCUGCAGGAGGCUGAACGAGCUCAAGGGCUGGACAAAAUAAUUCUGGGCGGUCAGGGUGAGACUGCCGAGGCAGCCCACGAAGCCAUGUCCUCAUUUCCAGAGACCAAGAUCAGUUCUUAUGACAAUGAGGACGAGAUGGCCGCUUUCAUUCGGAAACACUUUCAUCAAGACUACACUGACUUGGAGCAAUUGAAACUUGCUGGGUUCGUCGGGAUGCAUGUGCAGGAUGGCCAACUUACUCGCGACGUCAAGAACUUCGGAAUGAUGUCCAAGGAGAUUCCUGCAAAGCAAAAGAUCAACUCAACGAUCAUAAAGAACACACCUCACAAGUUUAUCCACGGCGGCUACAAGCUCCAGACGAUGACAUGGGACGGGAAGCGCAUCGAUGACUUUGCCUCGUUCCUGGUCAGCAUCGGCGUCCAACGCUUUACCGACAUGGACCAGGAACAAGUCGGCAAUGAGACCCUGACACCGAGAGAUCGGCCCGACCCAGCGGCCGGGAAGGGGAACAGGGUCGAUGCCAAGGACGAACUCAAUGACAUGCAGAAGCAUGCCCUGGAAGUGGCGGAGCAGAAGAAGGCGAACGACGCGCUGAAGGAGAAAGUGCUGCACCGCAUUGAGGCUGACAAGGUGGAGCGCAAAAUUCGCCAGGAACGAGCGAGGCAGAAGCGGCUUUACGGUGGGGCUACAGCUCGACCUACAGGAUCUACAAAUCUCCUCGGGGCAAGCACCGCGCAGGUGAUGCCAGGAUCAUACCCACUUGAGUCGCCCGAAUUCCCAGAUGCCAACACACCGUACAGCGACUCUCCCACUGGCGAGGAUGAGAUGAUUGACGAAUUUCUCACCGAGCCAUCUAGCAAUAGAAACAUGAAGAGUGAGCAGGGCAAAGUAGUUGGAGGAGGCUCGGAAUGGGAUUCUCAGAGCCAGACCAGGGGCGAGAUGAGUGACGCCCGGAUGGCGGCACUUGGUCUGACGCGAAUUAAGAGCGAGGAUGAUGCUUGA